UAAAUAUGACUUAAUUUUAAGAUAUUGAUUUUUUUUUAAAUACUGAAAUAUUUCUUAAAAGAAGUGAUUUAUUGAAUGCAUUUUGAUUCAAUAUAAAUAAGGAGGAUGCAUUUAAGAUUUGCAUAACCAUGAAAAUCUUCGGGAUGCUGGGUAUCAGUUCCCUAGGCUUACUACAACUUUUCCUGGGCAUUGUUAUCAAAAAAGAUUUUAGCGAAAAAAACACAAAAAAGUGUGUCAACGUUGUCAAUUAUAAAAUUGAUAAUAAAAAUGUGCGGCAAAAUCGCUAUUAUAUUCAUGUUUUAGCAGAGAGCUGUAGAUUAACUUAUCUUAAUUCUCACCCAUACUUGUUAGAAAAUUAAAUCAAAUAUUCUAAUCCAUAUAUCUUUAAGACCAUGCGGUGUAAACCUUUAAUAAUUUAAAGUUAGACUGCUUGAUCUUGCAGAAUUUAUAGUUUGAAAUAUCUAAGGUCUACCACAUUGGGAUAUUGUACAAUAACGAAAAAAAGAGAAAGUAUCAAUUUAUUUAUUUAGUUAGAAUAUUAAACAAAUAUAUAUAUAACCAGACCUCCCCCACUCCCCAGCCCUAGCUACAUCACAGUGAAAUCAUUUCAAUAAGUUGUAUAUUUCGGAAUCCAUUUGAGAAGCAGAAGCAAUCUGCAAUAAAAAGAGGAAUCUUGAACAGAAAUGUUUUCAACCUUGAACCGUAACAUGUUUACGACUAAACCUGGAUUAGAAAUUGCAAAAAUAAACUUUAACCUUAGCUAUUUAAAAGUUUGUGAGAAAGGAGAAAGAUUAUUGAACAAUUUUAUUUUAAACCUGAAAUAAAUUAAUGCUAAAAGAACUCCGACCCUAAAAAUUUGCGAAACAAAUAGUGAAAAUCCACGAAUUGAAAACAUUAAACUACAAAAAAUGGCACCGUUUCUGUUAUUGAUAAUUAAUUUAUCUUUGGCAGAAAGUGUACCAUUAGAAAGCCAGGGAGGAGAGAUAAACAAGUGGGAGGACAAAAGGUUGGAUGGUGUGCCGAAGCUCUUUAAAUCCUCUGGUUAUGACCGCAGUAGAAUGCCCCACGAUGCUGAUGGAUUGCUCAGGGUUGAAGCAGAACUGAACCUGAGGAAUAUUAUGAGGGUAGAUGAGAGGGAGAAGAUGAUUUCUUUGGAGGUUACAUUAAGGUUAUUUUGGGUUGAUAAAAGAGUUCAUCUAAAUCCAGCAAUUCCUCUUGAAAACUGUGAUACGGACGGAAGCUACGUAGUUCUGCAUCCUUCAACUGCAGAUAGUCUGUGGAUCCCGGACCUAUUUAUUGAUAUGGUAAAAGAGAUUAGAACUCCUACUAUACGCAUUCCAACAUCCUCAGUCAGACUGUAUAACAACUCUUUAAUCAGGUUUGCUAAAAGAUUUAAUUUUGAUGUUUCCUGCCAGAUGGAUUUUCAUAAGUAUCCUGUAGAUAAACAGACUUGUGUUAUACACUUCGAAUCAUUCUCACUUACUGAUAAAGAGUUGAAGUUAAGCUGGAGACCUACUGGUAAUAAUGUAAAUAAUAUAACUCUAGAUCAGUUCACCCAUAGUGUUAAUAUUAGGGAGAGCUACACAACAAAUUCAUAUCGGCAGAAGUUUGCUGGUCUUCAGUUUACAUUAUACCUCAGGAGGAAUAUAUAUUAUCAUCUAGUACAGACGUAUAUCCCGAGUUUACUGCUUGUACUACUCAGCUGGGGAUCAAUGUUUGUACAUAGUUCUGCUCCUGCUAGGGUUGGAAUAGGGAUGACAGCUCUUCUUUCCCUUAUUUCAAUGUUUGGGCAUACAAGGAGUAUGGUUCCCCACACAUGUUAUGUAUCCUACCUGGACGGAUGGAUGCUCUUCUGUAUAGUCCUUGUCUUCCUUUGCAUCAUGGAGUACAUCAUUAAUCUUUGUAUUCUAGCAACAUAUUAUACUAGGAUAGCAGAUAGAGUUAGCUGGUGGACUAGGUGUGUUGGUGCUCCAGUAAUCCUUGUAGUUUUCAACCUGGUGUACUGGCUUCUGCUUAUAGAACAUCAUUUAACAGAACAUCAUGUUGAACAAACCUUUCAAAGACACACUCCUGUUAACUGUACAGUAGAUUAGACUGUACAGUAAAUUAGACUGUACAGUAGGUUAGACUGUACAGUAAAUUAGACUGUACAGUAGGUUAGACUGUACAGUAGGUUAGACUGUACAGUAAAUUAGACUGUACAGUAGGUUAGACUGUACAGUAAAUUAGACUGUACAGUAGGUUAGACUGUACAGUAAAUGUUUUUAACAAAAGCCCACUUAUUAUGACAUAGUUAUAGAUUUGUAUGUUUUUGUUAUCGUUUACUGAUAAAUUCAAAUGUAAUAAAGUAAUAUUAUCAAUUCA